AUGGGUCGCCAACCGAGACAACGCCCAAUUUCGUGCCACCUGUGUAGGGUACGCAAGUUGCGCUGCAGUCGCCAGUUUCCAUGCUCCAACUGUACGUCGCGCGGCGUUGUUUGCCAACAUGAAGGGGUGGCGGCCGCGGCAGCGACGGGAAGUCAAGCGCAGGUCAAAUCGCCUGCUCUGAAGGAUGCGUCGACGCUGGAGCUGCUGGCUCGUCUGGAACGUCUGGAGAGUCUCGUUGCAGCCCAGGGGAGCGAAAAGGAUGGCGACUCCGUGAAAGGGGCUGAGAAGCCAACACAACAAGCGCAUACUCCUGCUUUGGCCUCACGCCCAGUGCCACCUAGACUGCAGCGCUUGACAGCCGACGCGCUGGAGCUGGAGCGAUCCUGCUCCGAUCAAAAGUUGAUGGAUUCCUUGAUAUCUGACCCCAUCAUCUUUCGUACCUGUCCCAUUCGAUUAGCCCCAACUCAGCCGUCCCAUGCGUUUCAAAAUGGUCAUCCUGCGUCCAUGACAGGGCCGGUGGAUGCCGUCAAGUGCAUCUGGCUGCCUCGCCGAGAUGAGAUGCGCAUCAUACUCCAGAAGUACAUAGCUGAUAUCUCCUUGUUUUACCACAUCAUACAUGUUCCCACGGUGCAGAGCCUCGUGGAAGACAUAUACGCGGGACUGGAGGCAAACGUUCGUGUCGACGUUGGCGGCAUAUUGCUUCUCCUAAGCAUAUGCGCAAGCACAACGUAUGCGUGGUCAGCCCCCGAUGACAUCAGGUGUUUGUUCUCAGAUUAUUCCGAGGCGAAUGUGCAAUCAACCUUCUGGACCAAGGAGGCGCUAGAUGUCGUCGACCAUGCGCAGAGAACCGCACAUGCGUCAUUGGAAUGCAUCCAAGGCCUCAUCAUCCUGUUCUUCGUCUUCUGUAAUCACGAGAGCGUCUCAUACCGUGCCCGUAGUGUCUUCAUGUCGGCCAUUGCAAUGGCCACGGAGCUGUCGUUGCAUCGUCUCGAUGAUCCUCGAGGCAGCCCGAUGCCGACGCUUCUUCGGAUGAGCGAGGCCCGGAAAGAAAUUGGAAGGAGAGUUUGGUGGUUCAUGGUUGCAACUGACUGGACACUGGCUCAAUUCAACUGUCCUCAAGAAGGCUUUUAUCUCAUCCACCAAAAUCAGAUGGCUGUAAACAAGCCACGGAAUGCAAACGACGAAGACAUCAUGGAGGGGGUAGAGAUCGUUGAUCGGCCAGCAACCGAGGCCACUUGCAUCUCCUAUUUCGUCCAGCGUAUCCGUCUCGCAGAAGUAUGUCGGGCACUGGUUGACCGCAUGCCUUUGGCCACGCCGACUUCCGAGUCCGAGAUAUACAAAAAUGUGCUGGAUGCGGAUGCAAAGCUCAACCAGCUCAUUCGUGAAGUUCCAGACUUCCUUUCGAUCGAUUGCUCAAGCCUGGAUGAUCUCCCUGUCACUGAUCCCAGACGCUCGCCUUUUAUCACUGCGCAACGCUACAUGUUGAAUCUGUUACUACACCGACAGCUGUGUAAGAUUCACCUUCCCUACUUAGCCCAGGGGACUGUCGAUCCAGCAUAUGCCUAUUCACGCGACGUCUGCCUGAGGUCAGCAAGGGUGAUUUUCGAGCUCGACCAUCAGCUGCAGGGAGAAUGUCUUCCCUUCUUCAGCUCUCGCCUGAGGUUGGCAAUGGUUCUGCGUAGCCUGUUCCUGGCCAGUACUGCACUUGUGUUGAAUGCUUGUCUGAAGGGCGACUCGGAAGAUAAUGGGGAGGGAGAAGAUGAUGUGGCUGGUGCAUGGAAGAUUUUGCACGAGGCACAAGGCCAAUUCCCACCAGCGGCAAGGCUGCUAGAGUUAUCCAUUCAGAUUCUCAAAAAGUACAAGAUCAAGCAUCGCGCCCUGGAUCUCCUACAACAGCAAUUGUCGGGGAUUUCAUCCUACGGGGAAUCGUUUCCUAUGACACCUGAUUCAACGAAUCAAGAUCUCCGCAUGAAUACGAUGCAGCAAAACAUGGCCUCUGAGCCUGAUAACGUGCUAAUGGAUCAACAUUGGCAAAUGCUCGAAGGGAAGAUGGAUUUGAAUACAAUAGAUUGGGACAAGUUAUUCUGGGGUAUAGACGCCCCGUUUAUUUAA